AUGAAACCCGUCAACUCCCUUACGGCCCUGCGCCCCGCGACAAUCUUCUUUGCUAGGGCCAACGGCUCGCGCGCCUCAAUAGCUGCUCGAUCGUAUGCUACACAGAAUAGCCAAGGACCGACUCCCCUAGGGCCAAAGAGACGAGGAGUAACGCCAUUCAACGAUGAUGGAUACGUCCCAUGGACCGAGCUUUCCAUCCCCGAAAAGGCGGCCCGCGCCACUCAACAGAGCUUCAACUUUGGACUAGUCCUUGUCGGUCUCGUGCUCACAGGAGGAGUAGGAUACUUUCUGUGGACAGACGUCUUUUCGCCAAACAGCAAAACGGUCCAAUUCAACCGAGCCAUCGACAAGAUCAAAAAGGACGAGCGAUGCCUAGAGCUUUUCGGCGAUGCAAAAAAGAUUCUCGCGCACGGCGAGGAGACUAACAACAAGUGGCAGCGCGCGCGACCUCUAGCAUCAUCGGAGCGAGUGGACAAACACGGCGUGCAUCACCUCCUCAUGCACUUUCAUGUGGAAGGUCCACGCAACCACGGCGUGGCUCAAGUCCAUAUGGUGAAGCUCCCCGGCCACUCCGAUUACGAGUACAAGUACCUGUUUGUCGACGUCAAGGGGCACGGAAGAAUAUAUCUCGAGAACGCCGACGCGAAGAAAUCCGAUUCCGGCAAGAAGUCGUUCACCAUGUUUGGAGUCAAGUGGGAUUGA